AUGAAUGUUAGCAUACGAGGUCUGCCUUCCGAGGCGGAAAGGCAGCAAAUAAUUAGUGAACCGUCUAUAGCUCCUCAGAGGCAACAUCAGACAAUACCACAAUCGAUACAACUUGGCCACGUUCCGUCGAUGGAUAGGCCGAAUUCACCUGCUAGCUUGAAUGUCAUGCCUUCGAAUACGUCAAUGGAUUCACAACAUGCUACAAACACACGAAGGACUACUUCUAGACGAGGCUCUUAUUUCUUGUCGACGUCAAGGCCCGUUUCUAUGAUAGAACGAGGACAAUCACAAUCAGAAGAUGAUAAUGAAAGAUCACAUAUAAGCAUGCCUACACGUCGCAACAAAUCCGGUCGUGAUUUAGGAGAUCUCACACAUGGAUUAAAUGUGGACCAGUCAUUACUGCUAUCAAUAGCAACAUUGCAUACUGACAAAGCUGGACGAGUCAAUCUGAAGGAAGCAGACGGGACACGAGUCAUGAGAUGGUUUACCUUGACUUUUGUGGAUCCACAGCUGGAAGCUGAAUACGAAGAUUCCUUCCUCGACAAGCAUUUCUCAACUUGGAAGACUGCUCUUGUUUGCAUCUUUAUCUUAUUUACUGCCUGGUUUGGGUAUCAUGCUUAUGAAAACCGGCUUGAAUCGGCAGAGUUUCAGAUGCUGAGCUUACUACGACCGGUUGGAGUUACAGCUCAAAACAGUUGUCCUGUCGGUCUCUAUUGUGCAAUGUGCAAUCCAAUGAAACUAUGCGGUAUCUAUGAAAUCACUAGUGAUGCUCUUUUCUACGUAUUUGGAGUUGUAAUACCCAUAUUGAGUUGCUUUGCUGCAACAGUGUACUUUUCCAGACGCAGCAUGGCCAAAUGCCUACACCAUCUUUCAACGUGGCUUACUGUCUCAAUGGGUAUCGUCGCCAUCAUUACCAGAUAUGCCGUCGUACAACCUAGUGAAAACAUUUACGAAUCUGGACUAUUACUGAUGGUGUUCGUCAACGCUGUCUAUGUAUUCUUGCGUGCACGUCACGCACAUGCUCUAUUAUCUGCCGCCAUACUUGAAGUAAUCCACUUUAUUGUCUACGCCGUCCACCUUUACACAGCCGAUGAUGGUGAUUCAGAUGGUUCAGCAGCAGGACUCCAAAACUUUUGGUAUGUCAGUGUUGCUAUGCUCGUCACCAUGUUUACUGCCUGGUUUUCUUGCUGGGAGAAUGAGGUGUUUUAUCGAACCCAAUUCUUGGCUGCUCAUCAACUACGGACUCGUAAUGUCAAACUUAUAAACCAACUCAAAGUGCUGCAGACUGAUUUGGGCAAGAAGGCUGCUGAUUUCGAUUCACCAUUGGAAAAGUCUAUAAUGUUGCUACGAAGCUUGAGUGCAGAUGCUACACUGCAACCCACACAGAUAGCAACCCUCAGUCAGGUCCUCCAGUUACUUGGCUCCAGCAAUCUAUUAACUCCAGACCUUGAAGGUCAAGUCAACGAUUUCGCAGACAAUGAACAAGAAGCAUGGCUCUUCUCUGAAAUUGCACAACGAAAGAAAGAUGCACGACCAAGUCGCAAUGGACCACCACCAUCAUCACGAGGCCGUCGUGGAACUAUUACCAUCACCGAUGAAGUAAAACGCAAAAUUGGAGAAGCUAUACAAGAAACUGCCGCUAGAGAAGAAACUAAUGGUGACGGAGUCGAUGCCCCACGAUCUAGCAACAGCAUUCCACCAAUAGCUGUGUCUGAAGUGCGACUCAACAUGAGUCAAUCUGUCAUUGCUCGAGGACCAUCAGUAACGUUUGCUACCGUCAAAAGUGAAAAAUCGUUUACAAAAUUAAACGGGAGUCCUGGUAGCCACUCGUCUAUUCAAACUGCACCGUCUCUGCAUGUUCACGACUCCUUACGCCUCUCUACCUGGAAUGACGAAGUGACUCUACUCUUACACAAGGCUGGUGAUUUCAACUUUCCUCUCUUUGACUUCCAUCGUGCUACUGGUGGUAAACCUCUACAAGCAAUGGCCAAUUUCUUGUUUGAUGAUCUGGGUCUCCUGGAGCAUUUCGCUUUGCCCAAAGACAAGUUCAAGAACUUUUCCAUUGCAAUUGAGAAUGGAUAUCGCUCAGAAUUGCCAUAUCAUAACUCGACACACGCAACCGAUGUCCUUCACUGCAUGUACUGGCUCUCGUCGCAAGAGUCGAUAUCACACUACGCUUCUGAGAUUGAUUUGAUGGCCAUGUUGGUAGCUGCCAUGGUUCAUGAUUUCGAACAUCCUGGAUUUAACAAUAAUUUCUUAAUCAAUACUGCUGACUCUCGAGCUAUCUUGUACAAUGAUCGUUCUGUACUUGAAAACCACCACGCUGCAGCAUCAUUCAACAUUCUGAGUCGACCAGAAUGUAAUUUCGUUGAAGGCUUAUCUAAAACCGACUUCAAACUCUUCCGUGAAAUCGUCAUUGACAUGGUGUUGGCUACUGAUUUGUCACAACACUUGACACUCGUAUCAAUGUUCAAGGGCAAACUAACAACACCAAACGGUUUCAAACCCUCCGAAGUAAAAGAAGAUCGCACCCUCCUUUGGAAAAUCCUGAUGAAGUGUUCAGAUGUAUGUAAUCCAACCAAGGAUUGGCCACUUUACGAGAAAUGGUGCUACUUGAUAUUAGACGAGUGGUUUAUACAAGGAGACUCUGAGAAGAAACUGGGACUUAAUGUCAGUCCGUUCAUGGAUCGUGAGAGUGUCAAUGUGCCGUCAAGUCAAACUGGAUUUAUUGACUUUGUGGUCAAUCCGUUGUUUGAUGCUUAUGACAAGUUUGCGUCUGUGCCAAUGUUGAUAGGGACUCUGCAGAGGAAUCGAGAGCACUGGCAACUACUGAAAAACCAAGGAGUUCUACAAAUCAAAGACGUGACUCCGCCGGCCUACUCGACAGCUCAACCCCCACCACCAGCCAUCCCCCCAACCCAGCCGAACCGUCUCAUCAACAAGAGCGCCUCACGACACGCCCUCGAGGAAUCCACUGACCCAUCAACCUCCAGCUCCCCACUGCCAGUUCACAUCCAACUCCCCACGAUGGCGCGCACAUCCCAAACAACCCAAAACGGCAACACUUCUUCCCUCCCCGCCCCCGCAUUCCCCAUCCUCGCUGCAUCACCAGCAAUGCUGACACUGCCCAACUCACCGCAACAAAACGGAGAAAGGAUUUUAAGCACAAAUAAAUUCGUAAACCAGUUUAAAUUCAUCAAGGUGAAUUCAAUUGGUAAUAUGCCGAAUUUGCCACGGGGUUCACAGCAUGCGCUUUCGACUGCUGUGUCGGCUGAGACUCCACCACAAGCCAAACAACCGCAGCAACAGGGGCAAGGUGCACAAGGUGGUGAAAUGAAGAGUUUACUGUCGUUAGCAAACAAGCCGUCGUCGACAAAGCUGGAUAUGAGGCCAUUUGCAGCUAAUAGGUCUGGUUCUCUGGGGACUAUGCAUGCUCCCGCAACGGCGAUACCCUCUACAUCGCCAGGAUCCGGGCCAGUCAAGACACUUCUUCAAGAAUCUUAUAUAACUGAAACCGGACCUAGUGACGAUUUAAUGUAA